AUGGUAAAUUCAUUUUACGAAAGUCUUCAAGCGAAAAGAAAAGUAACAAAAUUAAUGCAAGAACAAAAUCGUAGACACAGUUUGAAAAAAUUAUUAAAAAAAUUCCCAGGAUGGGAUGAAAUGACUUUAUCGAAUCUUCAUAAUUUAUUUUUACUUUUCGAUGAUAAUAAAAAUGCAAUGCUUACUUUAGAAGAUUUUUGUGCUCUUUUAGAAAGUUUGGGUGAUAACAGUUCUUACGAAUUUCGUAAUUCAAAAUUUGAUGAAGCUGAUGUUGAUAAUGACGGUUGGAUAACAUACGAAGAAUUUCUACCGGCCAUAUAUAAUUUUAAUCCUCCGAUAAAUGGUUCUCUUCAAGGAGUUGGUAAACUUUGUCUUGAAGCAUCAGAAAAUAUUAGAUUUGUUAGUAGUUUAACUGUCGGUGAACAACUUGAAUAUGGAUUAUUUUAA